GCGGCACGUGAAGUAGACUCCGUAGAAAGCAAGGAACUCAUAAAAAGAAGGGAACCCAAAAACGAAAAGAAAAUACUGUAUAUGGAAGACGAAGAAGAAGAGGCGAGAGGGCGAAGCUUAGAACAGCACCAACAUACGACAUAUCUCCUUCCCUGCCAUUUCUGUGGUUUCUCCUCUUCAAUUCAAUUUCUCCCACCUCAACUUCUGUUUCUGGUACGUGAUUGAUCUUCAAAACCGAACUACUCAAUCAUUUGUACCGAUCGACAGUAGUCAAAUCGCUACCCACCAUCGUCCUCCCUCCUGAACCCUCCUCCACCCAAUGCUCUGCCUAUAUUUCCCAAAUGAAAUUCGCUGCCGAUUCGGUGUAUCAAUUUGAGCUGUGCACUUCUUUGUCAACUCGGCCAGGAUGACCAUGUUUCAGUCCUUACUAGCCGCCGGGGAAGGGAACUCCGGCUGCCGCACCGCGGUGGUCGGCAUUAAGCUGGAUGCUCAGAGCAGGGAGCUUCUCACUUGGGCUCUCGUCAAAGUUGCGCAAUCCGGUGAUCGCGUCAUUGCGCUUCACGUUCUCAAUAACAAUGAAGCUGUGGAUCGGGAGGGAAAAUCAUCUCUGCUAUCUUUGGUGAAAGGCUUUGAUGACUCUAUUCUUGCGGUUUAUGAAGGCUUUUGUAACCUCAAGCAGGUGGAUCUCAAACUUAAGAUAUGCAGAGGCUCAUCAGUCCGGGAAGUUCUUGUAAGAGAAGCAAAAUCUUACCUAGCAACAGACCUUAUAGUUGGGACAUCACGGAGUCACCAUAGGCUCCGUUCAUCAACAUAUGUUGCAAAGUACUGUGCUGAAAAACUUCCAAGUGAUUGCUCAGUCUCUGCUGUUAAUAAUGGUAAAGUGGUCUUCCGCCGAGGGGCAUCGAGACCAUCUCAAGCCACAACAAGAGAAGUUGAACAUCUUCACAGGAAUGGUUUGCUUAGUGCAAUCCAUAGGACAUCAUACAAGAACCCGAAGGUAUUAAAUGACAACAAUAGUGCUCGUGUGACAUUGGGCGAGGCAUUGUUUAAACAUGGUGACAUUCAUGAUGAGAAUGCACCCAAAGAGGAUUGUUCGAUUUGUUUGCCUGACCAUUUGCAGGAUAAUUCUUCUUUUACCACUCAAUCAACUGAUGAGCCCUUAAAAGAUAAAGAUGAUGAAAGCUAUAUGGCAAUGAUACCAGUGGAGAAGCAAGAGGAUCCUUCCAGAUCUUCGAUCACACUGUUGAUAAAGGAACUGCAGGCUGAAGUUACUAGACCUGGAUGGCCACUGCUUCGCCAUGCUAUUAACGCAAACAGACCACCUACAGAUAGAUCCACUCCCCCGCAGAUCUCUGUGGUUCAGUGGGCACUUCGUUUGCCAAGUAGACAGCCUUUGCAUUUUGAAGAACUAAAUGGAGUAAGUGGUGCCAUUGUUCCUUAUACAAAUGAAGCCGUUUCUCAUGCAUCAGGCACCUUACCUGAAGAACUACUGUGUCUUCAUGAGAAAUAUGCAGCAACUUGUAGAUUGUUCAAGUACCAGGAACUUCUGUCUGCAACUCUUGAUUUCUCCCCAGAUAACAUCAUAGGUAAAGGAGGAAGCAGUAAGGUUUAUAGGGGUUGCCUUCCUGAUGGCAAAGAGCUUGCUGUCAAGAUUUUAAAACCCUCUGAAAAUGCACUAAGGGAGUUUGUUUUAGAAAUUGAGAUCAUAACCGCUUUGCAUCACAAAAACAUCAUUUCUCUCUUUGGGUUCUGCUUUGAGAACAACCAUCUCUUCCUAGUCUAUGAUUUCUUAUCAAGAGGAAGCCUUGAAGAUAACCUUCACGGUACUAAGAAGGAUUCAGAAGUAUUUUCAUGGAAUGAGCGAUAUAAGGUGGCUGUUGGUGUUGCUGAAGCACUGGAGUAUCUUCACAACCGAGAUGAUCAACCUGUGAUUCACCGUGAUGUGAAAUCAUCAAAUAUACUCCUCUCUGAUGAUUUUGAGCCAAAGCUUUCUGACUUUGGACUUGCUAAAUGGGCACCAACAAUCUCCUCUCACAUAACAUGCACUGAUGUUGCAGGAACUUUCGGUUACUUGGCUCCAGAGUAUUUCAUGUAUGGAAAAGUCAAUCACAAGAUCGAUGUCUAUGCAUUUGGAGUAGUACUUCUUGAACUUCUUUCAGGAAGAAAACCUAUAAGCAGUAACUACCCAAAGGGCCAGGAAAGCCUGGUAAUGUGGGCAAAGCCAAUUCUGGAUAGUGGGAACUAUGCCCAGUUGCUAGACCCAGGAUUGGGCAGUAAUUAUGAUUGUGAACAGGUAGAGAGAUUGGUAGUUGCUGCUUCACUAUGUGUUAGGCGUGAUCCCCGAGUUCGGCCUCAAAUGAGACAUGUCUUGAAGCUGCUCAGAGGUGAGGCUGAAAUAACCGAAUGGACGAGGUUACAACAGGUGUUGAAGGGCUCAGAGCAUGCGGGCUCCAAUGCAAAGCAGCUACCAGUGGGAGCAGAAACGUCUGGUGAUGCAUUGGAUGACGACGAUGAUGAUGAUGAUGGCACAACCUCUCAUCAUGAUUCUACCAACAUGCGAUCACACCUGAAUCUUGCAAUGCUGGGGGUUGGAGAGGAAGAGGAUUCUCUAUCAGUCAGCAGCAUCGAUCAUCAACGUAUCUCACUGGAGGACUAUCUUCGAGGUCGGUGGAGCUGCUCCUCAGGCCUCCUUGAAUGAUAACUACCUAAUUUCUUGGAAAGAUUGAUUAGGGCAGUCCAUUUUAUAUGCUGCACAGUUUUUGUUUAUGGUAUAUAUGUUGUUCCCUUGUUUCUAUAUAUGUCUUGAUUUUGGUUAAUAUAUGCUGGGCGGGGGAUCUUGGAUGAGAGGUUGUAACUAGUGUGCCCUCCUCCUCCCUCCUCCUUUUGUGUUGUAUAACAUUUAUGUAUAGCAAUUUCUUUUUCAAAGCCCAGGGAUCAUAUCACAACAGAGUCCCAGGUAGCCAAAGCGAUAACACUUGGGGGAAGUUGUCAGCACGCAGAAGCACUACCAGAUGUGCAACCUGACAUUUGUAAUUGUGCCCGUCUCCAAAAUGACAUUAGUAAGUUCAACUCCUUUGUGCGCUAAAGCAACUGCCUCAGCCUCUUCAACAUCGACCUCCCAACAGCCAAACCUACUGGUCGGCACUAAGCCAGGCUCCACGGCAUUUGUGUUUCGGGUAACAGCCCUCAAGAAUUUACCCACUACAUUAACCACAGUAGUGGCAGUGUUGUUUUUUACUAUAUCUUGAGGUGGUUCCGCCCACAAAGCUAAACCAACUGUCCUGGGUACAUUCCUCUUCAUAAGAUUUGUUUUUUUUUUGGUAUAAUUAAUGUAAUAUUCAACAAGUUUUAGAAAGCUAGAAAGCAGGCCUUCUGUACAUGGAAGAAAAUCACGCAGUACCUUCGUAUCCGGUAUCCCCGCAACCCAUCAGCUCGACUGAUUUUGUUGAAGUGUUAUUCACCAACUUGUACAAGUUCAUGUACUCCCUCCCUCCCGGGAUUUUUCUCCCUUUUCGGCUGGACACUACAUUUAAGAAAAAACACUUUUUGGCUAGUCAUUUACA